GAGAGGAGGGACGGACGCAAACCUAUUUAUAUUCUCCAGUUUAUAGUCUCUCUACCUUUGUCUCCCACCCUGUGGAACCCUAGCUCGGUCUGUCUCGAGCUUUCUGGUGGUUGGCAUUCCUUCCGGUUGUACUCUCGAAGAUCAGAACUUUGGAUGCCGACAGUCUGAUUUUGCCGUCGGACAUCCUGUUUGGUCCCUGUUCUUACCUUGGUUCGCGGAAUGGCGACGAGCGUCUCCGCUGUCUACCUCCAUGUCGUGGAUUCAGUGGUGAGCAAGCUUCGCGAGGAAUUCCUCAACGAGGGCGUUGACGACGGCGUCCUUUCGGAGCUACAGGCGUUAUGGGAGCUAAAAAUGAUGCAAUGUGGAGCAAUACAGGGUUCUCUAGAACGUAACAAUACUCCCAGAUCUGCUGGUCCAAUUACUCCAGUCCAUGAUUUAAAUGUGCCAUAUGAAGGGACAGAAGAAUAUGAAACUCCAACAGCUGAGAUGCUGUUUCCUCCUACACCUUUGCAAACUCCAAUACAGACCCCUUUGCCUGUGGAUCCUGUUGCAUAUCAGUACUUUCCUGCAGGUCCUAGUGAUUUUGUUCCCAUACCUGAUACAGGUGCAGGGUCUAAUACAGAAGUCAAGGGAGGCAGGCCUGCUUCUUACAUGCAACCACCUUCUCCCUGGAUGAAUCAAAGACCACUAGGGGUUGAUGUUAAUAUUGCAUAUGAGGAGGGGAGGGAAGAAGAAGGCGGAACAACCUCGCAGGGACCUGCGACAAAGGACUUCUUUACAAUGACUUCUGGCAAACGGAAGCGUGAUGAUUAUGCAGCAGCACAUUUUAUACCAGGUGGAUACAUACCUCAGCAAGAUGGUUCUGCAGAUUUUCGACCUUCUGGUCCUGAAAAUGUUUUGACAAGAGAUGUCCCUCCAAAAGGGGGGAGUCACAAUCAUGUCUCUGACAUGUUAAGGCUAGAACACAGGAUGCAUGCUGACGCCACAAUUGCUUCUUUACUCAAAGCCAAACAAGCUUUUGCUUCUAUCCCACAAAAUGAUGGUUUGCAUGAUAUUUAUGAAGAUGAUGUUGCUAAUGAAGAUUAUAAUGCUCCAUACUAUGAUCCUUUAAGCCCUCAAAAUGUUGCUACCCCUAAACCAGCCAAAACUGAAGCAGCCGAUGAUGAGGAACCACCUCUUAAUGAAGAUGAUGAUGAUGAUGAUGAUUUGGAUGAUCUUGAUCAAGGAGAUGAAGAACCUAGCAUAAAUCAUUUGGUCUUAGCACAAUUUGAAAAGGUGAACAGAACUAAGAGCAGAUGGAAAUGUAUACUUAAAGAUGGCAUAAUGCGCUUGAAUAAUAAGGACAUCCUCUUCACUAAGCUGUCAGGAACAUGUAGCCUCUGGUGGUGGGGUCUUUGGAAACUCUCUGCACAUGUGACAAGCAUGUCCAAAAUGCUGAAGCCUUAGGUUUUUGGAAUAUAAGGCAGAUAUACAGACCACUUGUGAAGGAUACUCCCCAUAGAGUGGGGGACCUGCCUCCUGGUAGCCUAGAAACCUAUUCAAAUUUACUUAGGAACGCAUUGUCUUACCCGUCUGUGAGAAUACUUGAUGCCAUUGAUAGAGAAAUAGGCUGUUAUCCACACCUGGUUGCGUAGGUAUUUCCUGCAUCAACCAUGGCAGGUAUUAGCUGAAAGGUUGAGUAUAUUGUGUUCCUCCUUGGUUGAUCUAUUUAUAGGACCUGGCUUAGCUUUAGAUCUGGCUCAUAUGAGUCCUGCAAAAGCCAGCUUAAAUCAAGCUGAAGUGAAAUAAUUGAGAUUUCUGCAUGGAACAUAUGCAAAAUCCAUGUUCUUGAAAAACUGUAUCAUGUUCCUUUUUGUAACAUGCUUCACUUUAAUUUUAUGUACUUUUAUCUGGCGGAGCUGAGCUCUGCAUAUCAUCUUUAGUCCUAUGAUUCGCGGGCUGGUUAUGGCUCUGCUUUUUAUCUGUUACGUAUGGGUUCAGUUACAGCUGAUUCGAGCUUUCUGGAUUAAUCAUAGUCCUGUGAUGAAUUACUCGUGUCCAAAGUAAGUUCACAAGAGGUUUUGGUUGCAGAGGUUUUAAAUGCAAGAAUAGCGUAAAUUAGCAGAAGGCCCAGACGUAGUUGUAUUAUCUUUCAUGCUAUGGGUUAAAAAUGUUUUUGCAAAGUUGGCCUUUAAUCAAUUAGCGUUGAAAUUUGUUACUGUAAUGGAGUAGCAUAUUCCCCUUGUGUGAGUUAUGGACGGUUUGUAGGGAGCCUAACCCCCAGCGAUAUUUUUAUUGGAAUUAUAGACAAUUUGUACAAUGACUUGUAUCUAUGAUUAGCAUAUUCAUGCAUUUUUUGAAGGAAAAUAAUUUUUUUAGUUUUUUACCAUCUCGUGUACACAGACUUUCGUUUAUUAUAUACCGCUUGCUAUGAUGGCCCACUUUUGUAGGAGAAAAAAUGGCUUUCCAUGAGACUGGGACGUGGAUGUAAUUGUUGUAUUCUCCACUUAAUCUCCAUUGCAAAUGGCUCUUCUCGAACUUUGU